GCUACCUCUGUGUGAGGGCAAAUGAGAUCGGCACUUGUAGUGAGCUUUGCUUGUGCGUGGCUGCUGCUGUUGCAGCUCGCAGGAGCUUCGCAUGUCGUCUACGACGAGUUUUUCGAGGCCGAGGCUGCGACAGCGAAGGUGCCACCGUCCAUCGUCAACCCCCAGCUGAGGACGGGGUACCACUUCCAUCCCCCCAAGAACUGGAUCAAUGAUCCCAACGCGCCCAUGUACUACAAAGGGUGGUACCAUUUCUUCUACCAGUACAAUCCUAAGGGCGCCGUGUGGAACAACAUCGUAUGGGCGCACUCGGUGUCACGAGAUCUCAUCAACUGGGUGGCACUACCGACGGCCCUCAGACCUAGCAUCCCGUCCGACAGGUACGGCUGCUGGUCGGGCUCGGCGACCGUGCUUCCCGACGGCACGCCGGUGAUCAUGUACACCGGCAUCAACCACCCCGACAUCAACUACCAGGUCCAGAACGUGGCCUACCCUCGGAACAAGUCCGAUCCACUGCUCCGCGAGUGGGUGAAGCCCUCGCACAUGAACCCCAUCAUCGUGCCGGAGCGCGACAUCAACGUGACACAGUUCCGCGACCCGACCACGGCGUGGCGCGCCGCCGCCGACGGCCAGUGGCGGCUGCUCAUCGGCAGCGCGACGGACGGCGGCUCACGCGGCGCAGCGUACGUGUACCGGAGCCGCGACUUCCGGCGGUGGACGCGAGUCCGGCGGCCGCUGCACUCGGCGCCGGCCACGGGGAUGUGGGAGUGCCCGGACUUCUACCCGGUGAGCAGCGACGACGACGGCCGCCGCCGGCGCGUCGGGCUCGAGACGUCCGUUCCGUCGGGCCCAAGGGUGAAGCACGUGCUCAAGAACAGCCUCGACCUCCGGCGGUACGACUACUACACCGUCGGCACGUACCACCGGAGAGCCGAGCGGUACGUGCCGGACGACCCCGCCGGCGACGGCGACGGCGAGCGCCGCGUGCGGUACGACUACGGCAACUUCUACGCGUCCAAGACGUUCUACGACCCGGCGAAGCGGCGGCGGAUCCUGUGGGGUUGGGCCAACGAGUCCGACACCGCCGCCGACGAUGUCGCCAAAGGGUGGGCCGGGAUUCAGGCGAUUCCGAGGACGGUGUGGCUGGACCCCAGCGGGAAGCAGCUGCUGCAGUGGCCUAUCGAGGAGGUGGAGGCGCUCAGAGGCAAGGCGGUCACUCUCGGGAAGACGAUAAUCAAGGCAGGGCACCAUGUCAAGGUGACCGGGAUACAGACGGCACAGGCUGACGUGGAGGUGAGCUUCGAGGUGUCGCCGUCGGCCCUGGCGGGAGCGGAGCGGCUGGACCCGGCGCUCGCCGACGACGCCGAGAGGCUGUGCGGCGUCAAGCGCGCCGACGUGAAGGGCGGCGUGGGUCCGUUCGGGCUGUGGGUGCUGGCCUCCGCCAACCUCAAGGAGAGGACCGCGGUGUUCUUCAGGGUGUUCAAGGCCGCCGCCGGCAGCAGCAACAAGCACGUCGUGCUCAUGUGCACCGACCCUACCAAGUCGUCUCUGAACCCAAACCUGUACCGCCCGACGUUUGCAGGUUUUGUUGACACGGACAUUUCAAAUGGGAAGAUAUCGCUGAGAACCUUGAUCGACAGGUCGGUUGUUGAGAGCUUUGGAGCUGGAGGCAAAACGUGCAUCCUCUCCAGGGUGUACCCGUCGCUUGCCAUCGGCAACAAGGCUCACCUCUACGUGUUCAACAACGGGAGGGCGGACGUCAAGGUGUCCCGUCUCAUCGCAUGGGAGAUGAAGAAGCCGGUCAUGAACGGGGCCAAGAUCUAGAUCUUAAGUAAAUAACUCAUAAAUAAUGUCACCUGAAAACUACUUUUCUAUAUUCUAAAGCGACGUGGUAGCUUGAUAGAGGAUAUCCUGUACUUUUCAUAUAUGACGAUAGUUGCUACCGGUAAAAAAAAGGUUGGAGUUACAAUUGGGUGUGACAAAAAUUUUAUUUGUCGAUGUAGGUGGAUGCAAAGCUAUAGCUUUAUCAUCAAUGCUUGCUCGCUGCCACAUCCAAAGCACAUUCUCUUUUUCUUA